CCUUUGUUUGAUUGAUCCCGGUCACAUCGACUAAACACAUCUUUUAUUUGCUGCUAUUCAAAAACUUUACCACUGCUUUUGAAUAAGGCGGCAAUGUCUUCACGCAAAAAUGGGCAGCGCCAGGAGACUGCCUACAACCCAUAUUCUGGAAUGAAGCCGCCAUCAUCCUCAUCAUCCCUCUCCAGCUCCUCUCAGAAUUACUCGAACAAUCCUUAUGACUCAAAAAUCAGUCACUCGUCGCAACAAAAGUCACCUUAUUCCUAUAACUCUUAUAGCUCAAGUCAACAGUCUCUAUCGGGUGGAAGCAAUCAAAGCCCAUACGCGUCUGCGACGGCUGCGAAACAGGCCCAGUCGCCGUUUGAUAGAACACCUACCAACAGCUCUCAGAGAUCAAGUGAUUCCGCGUCUAGCAACCCCUAUGGAGUCUCUUCUUCAGUCAAGGACUAUUCCUCGUCUUCGUCAGGUCAAGUGAAUCCUUACGAGUCUAGAUCACUCUACAGUGCGCCAAAGUCCGUCUCACAAAGCUCUACGGGUAAUGUCACGUCGUCUGCUCCUUCCAGUUCAUCCAGCAACAAGAUCAGCGGAGCGUCAUCUGGCUAUGCUGUCCGGAGCCCAUAUGUGACACAGAAAAAUCCAGGUAGUCUGCCUUCCUCGGCCUCGCAAAACAAAUUUCCACCCCCUACAGCCGGCGCGUCAUUCUCAAGCAACGGUCGCGCUCCCAAGACUUCUGCGACAAGUGGGGAAUCGUCAGUCUCGGGUUCCACAGAAAAGGGACCUCCCAUGAUUCCUUUGAGAAAAGCUCGGAGUGUGCGCAACAUGCGGGGUCAACCAAGCGAGAAUAUUGCACCUGUACCCGACAUCCCAACUCAGCGAGUGCAUAAAGACGGUGCGAAACGAGUGCCAUCAGGACCCCGUCCUGCGGACAGUUUAAGGCUGCCGACAUCUCAGAAAUCACAGCCUAUUAUCAAUGUGCCGCCAAUGCCCAGCAGAUCCGAUCGUUCGGAGCAGCAACUGAACACACUACAGAGCCGGACCGAAACUCGCGAAACAGCUGCCCCAGUGAGCCCCUACGCCGCAAGUUACCAUUCGCAGGAAUCGCUCAAUGGUCAGUUUUCCAAGGUGCAAAGCAAUGGGUCGAGAUCAGAUGAUCGUCAGCCUGAGCGCAAUCCAUAUGCAGGCGCGGCAGUAUUCAGUAGCAAAGCUCAGCCUUCUACGAGCCUCGCACCUGGACCGCAGGAUACCAACGAUGUUCUUAAGUUUGUUGCUCGAGAUUGGGGUGAACUGAUGAGUGAAGACUGCAACGCUGUAGCGAUUGCUCUAGAUCUGAUGGAUACAAGCUCAGUAGGCCGAUCAAGUGAUUUGCCAGAUUUCAUGGAUCUUUCAUCGCGACUAGAGAUGAUCAUGCGAGAUAUUUCUGAAGAGCGAUAUGCCGAUAUCAACAAGUCGAUAUCUGCAUUCAAAGAAGUGGUGGCCAGCAUUGAAGAAUCCGAAACAAGGGUUCGCACACUUCGUGAGACCCUUAUCCGAGCGAAGCAAAACUCGACUACGAAGCAGACGCAAAUGCGGGGUUUGGUGGAGCGAGCGUAUAGAUAUCGAGAGAUGCUCGAGAUUCUUGAGCAGAUUGAGAAACUGCGGCAGAUUGCGGAUCAGCUGGAAAAGAAUAUCGCCGACAAGCAAUACCGAGCUGCCUAUGAACUGUUGCAAGAUGGACUGAAGAUGGGAGGAGCUUAUGACCUGGAUCAAAUAGUGGCCGUGCAGUCUCUUCGUCAGUAUCUGAAGACGCAAGAAAAGGCUUUGUCGAAUGUGAUGGAUUAGAAGUUGUGACAUUUAAUACAUUCGAUUUCUAUGACUUCAAGAUCCCGACUAUUGUCGCUUGAGUUCACGAAUAUCACACUCUCUCGUAAUUCGACAUCUAAAUGCUUUUAUAAAAGAUUGUGGGAACGAAGUGUUCAAUAGUAUAAAAACUGAUGGGUCAAAUCUGUUAUCGAGACCCAAACCCUGUUUGGUUGAGUGUGCGCAAGUAGAUCGCGGCGCCUGUGACCGGCCGCAUCAUACAUUUAAUUACUG